GAACGCUGAACAAUGAAGAAAAUCCAAGUAAAGCAGGUUGCUAUUCUUGGCGAUGGAGUCUUCUAUGGAGUCUUCCGGCGUGAGCGUAGGGAUCUCGCGCUAUAUAAGAGAGCCGGGCCAGGCCUCGGAUCCUCUCUCGGGUCCGCGUUCUCAAGAUGACCAAGAAAAGAAGGAACAACGGUCGUGCCAAAAAGGGCCGCGGCCACGUGCAGCCUAUUCGCUGCACCAACUGCGCUCGAUGCGUGCCCAAGGACAAGGCCAUUAAGAAGUUCGUCAUUCGAAACAUAGUGGAGGCCGCAGCCGUCAGGGACAUUUCGGAAGCGAGUGUCUUCGACGCCUACGUGCUUCCCAAGCUGUAUGUGAAAUUACAUUACUGUGUGAGUUGUGCCAUUCACAGCAAGGUAGUCAGGAAUCGCUCUCGUGAAGCCCGGAAGGACCGAACACCCCCACCCAGAUUUAGACCUGCAGGUGCUGCUCCACGACCUCCGCCAAAGCCCAUGUAAUGAGCAAAGUCCUUAAGGACUGAAGGAGAAGCUCCCUCUGGAAAAUAAUAAAAUGGAAAUUACACUUUA